AUCACAGACAGCUUCCGCUGAACUGGACCUUUCUAUAUUUUUACUAGUUCAUUUCUUUGAUAUUAUUCGUACGGAAAUUUCAGUAAAGAAAUCAGCAGUUUCCUCCUGAAAGACCAUGGAAAGGUUGACUUCAAGGUCAGGGAGAAGAGGGCCUCUAAAUGAUAUCGAUACUGGUCAACAUGGAAGUGGGUAUGGACAAAGAGGACCAAGACGAGGCGGGUUGCAGGGAGACGGAACAAGUGAACAAGGGGUCAGAAGAAGAGCACAAAGCCAAGGAAAUAGCCAAAGAGAUUCAGAUAGACAGAGAGGAGGAAGGGGUGGACAUAGAGGAAGAGGUGCAGACAGGCAGAGGUUUGGAGGAGGCAGAAAUGAACACCCAGGUGGAGCUGAGAAGCAAGGAGGAGGAGCAGCAGGAAUAGGUAUAAGGAGAGGAGCGCCCAAUGGAGACCGAAGGGAAGGCGGGGAUGAGAAAAAAGAUGGUGCUGGCCCUCGUAAAAUGGGUUAUAAAACACUGGAAGAACUCUCGCAACAGGAGCCAUCUGUUGUGGCUAUUACUCUUUCCUCAAAGCCUGGCUUUCAACUCCUGCUUUCUGAGACACCAAUGAGACCGGACCUCAUCCAGCUUGUGUGCCUUGCGCUUUGCAAAGCCUUCAGUUCAAGGACGGACAGAGGCACCCUGCAGCACCUGGCUGACAUCAUAAAAGACUCAAAGUUCCUAGGUACCACCCUGCUUCACUAUGUGGGAGGCAUGAUGUCUGACUCCAACCCUAAUCGCAGAGCACAAUACCCGCACCACCUGGAAAACAUCCUAGCCAUUCUGUCAGAGGUGGUUAGUAUAUUCCCUGCAAGCUCUGUCAGUACAGUGAAUAUGCUAGUGACAAUGCUCCAAGCCUCUAUCAACACCCUGAGGGCAUCCGGUAUAGACUUUCCGCCUAAAGUGGAGGAAAAAAUGGAAAAUCUGAAGGGCUUAAUAGAACAUCUCCAGGAAAGAUCGAGAAAGGGUACCCUGCGCACAGACAAGGACUCAUAUUCUCUUCUAACUAACGCUGAUGAUAACCAAGGUGAAGCGCAGGAUGAUUUCAGGAACAUACCACUCUACCCAACUCCUGAGGAGUUCCAGCAAGACCACAGGCCAUUUUUAAGGCCCAACAUCACUUCCCAACGAUACACAAAUACCCACCUUUACCUCGACACACACUUCCGGCUGCUCAGAGAGGACUUUGUGCGACCGCUUCGCAUGGGAAUUCAACAGUUGCUCCAGAACCAGAUGGACGCCGGAAGGAACGAUAAUCCAGCGAAGAUGAGGCGUUUCGACGACAUUCGUGUUUAUUACGACACACAUCUGGUGGUGCCCAAGUGCACACAGACUGGUCUCGCCUACAUUGUCCAGUUUGACGCUGAGCCACUUAAGUUUGUGCGCUGGCAGAACUCCAAGAGGCUGCUCUUUGGUUCCCUGGUCUGCCUGUCCUACGAUAACUUUGAGAGCUUCUUGUUUGCCACAGUUUCUGACCGAGAUCCCAAAGAUCUAGAGAAAGGGCAGGUCCAGAUUACCUUUACAGAGGAAAGCAGACUCAAGUUGCCCAGAAUACAGACUGAUCAGUUGUUUCUGAUGGUUGAGACAACAGCAUACUUUGAGGCCUACCGAUAUGUUCUAGAAGGCUUAAAGGAGCAGACUGAGGAAGAUUUGCCCUUUCAGAGAUACAUUGUAGAGUGCUCCACUGAUGUGCAACCACCAGCUUACCUAAGAAGAAAUGAUGUGUAUGACCUCUCCCCUGUUGCCAACCCUGAACACAAAAGCAGCAUAAAGCCCUUUAAAAGCCUGGAUCCAGAGGCCUGGCCUGACAUGGAGGAAUUGGGCUUGGAUGUGUCUCAGAUGAAAGCCUUUCAGCUUGCCCUCACUAAGGAGCUGGCAAUCAUACAGGGACCCCCUGGCACUGGAAAAACCUAUGUUGGCCUAAAAAUUGCUCAGGCUCUGUUAACCAAUCAGGAGCUUUGGAACAGCAUCAACCCAGCUCCAGUGUUGGUCGUGUGCUACACUAACCAUGCUCUGGAUCAGUUCCUGGAGGGCAUUCAUAAGUUUUUGAAAGAUGGCAUUGUGAGAGUGGGAGGUCGCAGCAACAGUGAGAUCCUGAAACAAUUUAAUCUGCGUGAGCUGACCCACUCACAAAACUUCAGACGUACACUUCCACCACACCUUCGUACCGCUUAUAAUCAGAUCUAUAGGCAGCUAUGUGAGGAAGAAAGGGCCAUCCAAAGCCAGGGCAUGAGGCUUGAGUGCUCGCUUAAAGGUGUGAUGCGGGAAACCUUCCUCCAGAGGUUUAUUUUAGACACACAUUGGGAUAGUCUCAAAUGCCUCCCUAUGGAGUGCAGCACUGAGAACUGGAACAGAAAGAACACAAGUCUGAUAAUGGAGUGGUUGGGUUUGGGUUCAACUAAUUUCCAGCAGAGGGAGCCAGAGACUGCGAAUGAAAACCAAGAAGAGGAAGCGAUGGAGGAGGAAGAUGAACUCAUUGAAAUUGCAGAAGAGGCAGAGUUGAUCCAAGCAGAGCGGAUGAUUGACGACGGCUGGACAAUUGGUCCCAGAGCUGGCAGAGAUGACAAGAAGAAAGAGAAUUUGGAGGAUGGUGUCAGAGAAAUGGAAGAACUGAUGCUGGUUAUGAACCUGGACAACGUUGAUGUGCGGGCAGAGCAGAGUGGAGAAGCCUGGCAGAUGCAACGGGACCAGAGAAAAAAGAUGAAACACAAAAUCAGAAAAGAGAUUGGGAAGAGCUCAGCAAUGACUGAGGAGGAGGAGAGUCAUGUGUUUGACGUUUGGAGUCUUAAUCUGAAAGACAGAUGGAGACUUUACCGGUUGUGGGUUACACGCUACAGGAUAGAGCUCCGAACUAAAGCCCUAGAGUCUGAGCAGGCAUAUCAAAAUGCAGUGGACAGACUGGCUGAUGUUAAACGGCAGGAAAACCUUCAUGUCCUCAAGAAAGCAACGGUUAUCGGCAUGACAACCACAGGGGCUGCAAAGUUCCGUAAAGCUCUGCAGGAAGUACGUCCAUGUCUUGUAAUUGUUGAAGAGGCUGCAGAGGUUCUGGAGGCCCACACCAUCACUACUCUAAGCAAAGCCUGCCAACAUCUAAUCCUAAUCGGAGACCACCAGCAGCUGAGACCAAGUGCCACUGUUUAUGAGCUUGCAAAAAACUUCAGCCUGGAGAUGUCUAUGUUUGAGAGGCUGGUAAACAUGGGACUGCCUUACGUCAGACUCAACUAUCAGCAUCGUAUGAGGCCAGAUAUUGCUUGUCUUCUGACCCCACACAUUUACUCGGAGUUAGAGAACCAUCCGUCUGUGUAUGAGUAUGAAAACAUCAAGGGCCUGAACACAAAUCUUUUCUUUCUGGAACACAACCACCUUGAGGAAGAGAUCAAAGAUGGAAGAAGCCAUCAGAACUCUCAUGAAGCAAAAUUUGUCGUUGCUCUGUGCAGAUACCUCCUCCUCCAGGAUUACAAACCAGAACAAAUCACUAUACUCACGACCUACACUGGCCAGCUUCACUGUCUGCGCAAACAGAUGCCUGCCAGUGACUUCUCAGGGGUCAAAGUACACGUGGUUGACAAGUAUCAGGGAGAAGAAAAUGACAUUAUUUUGUUGUCUCUUGUGCGCAGCAACCGGCAAGGAAAAGUUGGCUUUUUGAACAUUCCCAAUCGUGUCUGUGUAGCUUUGUCACGAGCCAAGAAAGGCCUUUACUGUAUUGGCAACAGUGAGAUCCUGAGCAGAGUUGAACUGUGGAGUAAUAUCUUCCACACCUUGAGGGAGAAGGAGCAAGUUGGGAAAGCUCUGACACUGUGCUGCCAGAAUCAUCCAAAUCGACAGGUCAAGGCUUCUUCUGCUGAGGAUUUCAAACAGGCGCCUGAGGGGGGAUGCACCCAGCCUUGCCAGUUUCGUUUGGAUUGCGGCCAUGUUUGCCCAAGAGUCUGUCAUCCCUAUGACCCGAAGCACAAGGAGUUUAACUGUACUAAGAAGUGUGAGAAGAUUUUAUGUAUUCAUGGGCAUAAGUGCACACGUUUGUGCCAUCAGACAUGUCCAACAAAAUGUCCAGUAAAAGUUGAGAAGAUCAUACCUCAGUGUCAUCACACACAAAUGGUUCCUUGCCACCAAGAACCAGACACAUUUAUUUGCCAGGAUCCUUGCCAGAAACUGCUUCCCUGUGGUCAUCCCUGUGAUUCAGUCUGUGGGAAACCUUGCAGCACCAAGUGCACAGUGCCAGUAAUAUUAAAACUUAGUUGUGGGCACAACCAGCAAGGUGCUUGCUUUCAAAAAACAGGCACAGAGCAACCUGAAUGUAGGGCAUCAUGUAAGCAUGAGUUAAAAUGUGGGCACGGCUGUCGCGGUACCUGUAGCAAGUGUAACCAGGGGCGCUUCCACACCCCCUGCGCUCGACGAUGUGAACGUCUUCUGAUCUGCUCUCACAAGUGCAUGGAACCUUGCACACGUGAUUGCCCUACCUGUCAGAGGCCCUGUGAAAACUGCUGUGUCCACAGUAACUGUAUGAGGGAGUGUGGGCAACCAUGCGCUCCUUGCGUUGAGCCCUGUGCUUGGCAGUGUCCUCACCAACGCUGCAGUAAACUUUGCCAUGAGCCAUGCGAUCGUCCACCAUGUACUCAACCUUGUAAAGAGACCCUAAAAUGUGGCCACCCAUGCAUUGGUCUCUGUGGGGACAAAUGUCCAAGUAAAUGUCGCAUCUGCCACUAUGAAGAUGUCUCAGAGAUUUUCUUUGGCACUGAAGAUGACCCUGAGGCUCGCUUUAUUCAGCUUGAGGACUGUGGACACAUCUUUGAAUCCACAGCUAUGGACCAGUGGAUGUCUGACAUUAAUCAGGGACCUGAAGAAGGGCAGGUAGCCAUAAAGCUUAAAGAAUGCCCUAGGUGUAAAACUCCAAUACGUAAAAAUCUGCGCUAUGGAUCACUCAUCAACCGCAGUCUGGCUGAGAUAGAAAUGGUAAAAAGGAAGAUAAAUGGAAGGCAGUCUGAUAUUGAGGAAAAAAGAGCUUCCCUGAAAAAUCACUGGUUAGAAAAUCAUACAAUUGCUGACAUGUAUGUGCAGGAGGAGUAUAGGGAUAUCCAAGAAAAGCUUGAAAAAAACUACCUCACGUCAAGUGAUCUGUGGGUCUUGGAAAACAAGAUUGAUUUUCUGAUAAGAGUAGCAAAGCUCCUAAAAGUCGAAAGGGAAAAAAUGUUAUUCACAGAUGGCUACAGGUUUCGACAGAGAGUUAAACAGUUCAUGCCCUGGCUCAAUAACACAAACCAGAAGUUCACAGACCAACAAGUCUUUGAUUUGCAGAGAGAGCUACAAAGACUCACCUUACUGGCUGAACUUAAUGGCCGGUGCCAUGUUGCAGAUACAAAAGGCCAAAUGAGCAAAAUGCAGUCUGAAGUUCAAGAAAUCAGACAUGCCUUGGAGAUGGAUGGCCAGUUCACAGAGCAAGAUCAACUAAAUGUUAAAGAAGCCAUGAAGAGUCUGGAUAAAAAGUUUCCAGUCACUGGCUUGGGGAUCAGUGAAGAAGAGAGAAAGAUGAUUGUCUCAGCAAUGAAAAUGCCCCCAGGCCACUGGCAUAAAUGUCCUAAUGGCCAUGUCUAUGUCAUUACAGAGUGUGGUGGAGCUAAUCAGAGAUCAAAUUGUCCUGAUUGCAAAGCAUCUAUUGGUGGAGAAAAUCACAGACUUGACAGUGGCAACCAGGUUGCCACAGAAAUGGAUGGAUCCCGGUAUUCAGCCUGGUCUGAAGCUAAUAAUCUUCGCAAUUUUGAUCCUCUAGACAUCUAAAAGCUAAUAUUUAAAGCAUAUAUUAUAUGAUGCAUGCUUCCAAUAGAAUGGUGUUAAAUAAUAUAUGCAAACAAAAUGUAUUAUAUUAGCUCUUAAAUGUAUAAAAAGAGUCCUUGCAAUCAUUUUUCAGUUUUUGCAAUCAUUGAGCAAGUAGUAGGCUUUACAAAGGUAAUUAACAAAUGAACAAUAUUUUAGAUGGAAUUGAUUUUUAAAUUCCUUCACUGAAGUUUGACAGGGAAUGUGAAAUUCAAGAAAGUUUUAAAAGAUUCUCCAAUAUUACAACAUAUGGUUUUAGAAUUUCAAUGUGUGUAUAAAUCAAUCAAUAUGAGCAUGAAGUAUUGUAUUCAAUAAAUGACUGUUAAGAAUAUGUUUUAGUAAAUGGUUAACAGUGUUUUGUACCCUAACAAGAACAAGGUGGCAGCAGAAUACUGUUAAACAAUACAAUGUUAGUUCAAAUAAAAUAAAA